GACUUCCUCCUUCGCCUGACGCGAUCCGGAAGCGGAGGCGGCGGUCGGUGAGCGGCGGUGGCGGCACCGGGCGGUCGGGCCGGCCGUGGUUGGUGUUAAAAACUGCGUUUCCGCAGGCACAAGUAUAAACUGGGAGAGGAGCAGCUGGAGAGCAGCCCUGCAGAAAGGGAUCUGGGGGUGCUGGUCGGCAGCAGCUCAAUAUGAGUCAGCAGUGUGCCCUGGCAGCCGAGAGGGCAAACGGCAUCCUGGGGUGCAUCAAACAGAGCAUGACCAGCCGGUCAAAAGAGAUAACAACUUAGAAGAAAUAAAAACGAGGCUAUGUUCAGCUUCUUCCGAAAAAGUCAAGAUUCAAAGAAGGUUACAGUGCCAGAGAGAGAAGCAGAUGGAUUUGUUAUUGUGGGUGACACAAUUGAUGAUCAAAGUAGAGAGUCAAAGGAUAAAACUUCAUUUCCGGAGACCAGACCAAAGUACAACCAGCCUUCACAGAUAAAUACAGGGCACCGAUCGCAGUUGACUGUAUCAAGUGCAGCGGUGGGAAAUGAAAGGAGUCAAAAUUUGGAAAGCAGCCCUUUCAUGUCAGAUCUUCUGAGUGACGUACCCUUUGCCCUAGCACCACAUGUGUUAGCAGUACAGGGCACCCACAAUGACGUUCCUGACCGAUUGCUCACCUACGACAUCAAUGACAAUUUAUCAAGAUUUUGGUAUGACUUUACACUUGAAAAUUCAGUGCUUUGUGAUCCGUAAUGUUUUCUUUAUUUUUUUCUGUCUGUGUCAAGAAGCAAGUCUUAUGGUAAAGAUAAAGACUUAUUUUAAUCGACUUAAUAUUUUGGGGGCCUGCCACUGGUACACAGAUGCAUUGGAUCAAAAGGAUUAUUAUUCACAACCAUGUUAUAUUUCUUAGCUUUAAGUGAACUGUAACUUACUAUGUUAAAUAUUCUGUUUAUCUCUGGAGAAAUCAAGCAAAAGUGUUUCAGCUUGAGUGGGAGGCUGGCUGUUGGUAUCUACUUCCAGUAGGUAGGCUGCAGACACAAACAUUUCACAACUGUAAGAUGAAGUCUACGCACGUCUGCACUGUUUUGUUAUUUCACUCGGAUACUAAACACAUAGAUCCUGUUAUACAUGUUUCUUUAAGAUCACCUCUGAUUUUCUACAGGUAGAAACCAGUAUUAACGCUAAAGCAAUGCUGCUGGACAGGCAGCUUUGCAGUUAAACCAAGUUUUAAAACUCAGAGUUAAUCAUGAGUAUUUAAAUAAUUAUGAAGGCUUAAGAGAACUGGUUAAAUUUACCAAUUUCAAAGUGAAAAUCAGUCGCUCUGCUCCCUUUCCAGUAGAUGGUAUUUAUGUCCAUCUCAUUUUGUGCCUGGAGAAGUCCUCCCCGCCUGCCUGUUGGCUGCUGUUUGUUCUCAUUACCACAUGUGUUCCUGAUUUAUACAUAGAUCAGCUUUUCCAUUUUAACCUCUUUGCCCCCUGAAGAAGGAAAUCUCAGGACACGUACUUUUAAUGGUCACACCCUUCUUUUUUUAAUUUGUGUGCCAGAGAUACAGAUGGCAAUGUUUAACAACAGGAAAACAUUACAUUGUUUCUUAUCCAGCUAAAUUAAAUGGCUAAGUACCUAAACAUGCGUUCUCACAGACCGCUGUGUCCCCAGCUCACAAGCUUUCAGCCUGUUUUUCCCGACUAAAACCAGAGCUGCUGUUGCAUGAGCAACAGCUCUCUGAUGUAACGUCAUGAUUUGUGAUGAAUAAUAAUCUGUGUCAGACAAAAGACUACACUUGUUUUCUCUCUUGGGGUAGAAUAUUUAUAUUGUGCCAAAUGUUAGUGGAUAUUUUCCUAUAUUUUCUAUGCUCUGUGAUAGCUCUAAAGAACGUAUAUUUUCAGACUUUCAUCCUCCUACAGCAUUUCAGAUAAAUACUGUAAAUGAUGGAGAAGUUACCUUGUGAAUAUGUCUUUAGUUGUUAAAUAUUCAUGUUUUAGAUAUUUUUAAAUGUAUGUAUUUAAUAUUUUUGACAGCUAUGUUCAUAAAUGUUUUGAAGUUUUUGUUUCAGGGAAAGUAUCUGUGCUGCACUCCAAUUAAAAACAUGCUAAAUAAUAGUGAGUUAUUUUUUACGUGUGAGAAUAAUUGCUUGGCUUCACUUGUAUUGUCUAUUGUCGCUGUGACCAUUCACACUUCAUGGAAGCUUGAACUUGGAAAAUCAGCGUGGAGAUCUUUUCAGUGUCAUUUAAAAAUCAGGGUCCUUCUAAUCAAAUAUAUCACACUUUCAUCUGAUGUAUUCUGUGUACUGUGUUGGUGACUUGUGGUGUUUUAGGUGUCAUCCAUGACAUUCUGAGGAUAGUAUGGCUGUGAAGUACUUGGGAAUUAUUUGGACCUCUUAGAAGGAAGAAUUCAUUUUACCAAGUUGUUUAGAACUGUUUUGUGUGCUGAGUUUUCUACUUAACAUGUACCUGAAGGACUAAAUUUUUCAUAAUUGUUUUAUAUUUAAUCAUUAAAAACUUAACCAUCCUGCAAAUAACAUGUUUCCAUCCAGGUUGUCAGUUUCAAAUCUGAAAUGUUUCUGUGGCUCAGCUGGUCUAGAAGCAGAACUGUGAAACACUGUUGAAGAGCCAAGAAACUCAUUAUACUUGUUCUUUCCUUACUAGCUGACUUAGCAUAUAAUUUUUUGGUGUUCAUUUUUUGUUUAAAGAUAGAUUAUUUAUUUAAAAUAAUCACGUCAGUAUCACGCUCCGUUAUACUCACAAGCCAAUAUGCCGUCCUUUUCAGAAGAAAAGAAGAGGCAAAGAAGGGUGGAGAGGAGGUUGUAUUCACCUAUGGUGAGAAAUAUGGAUGGUAGAGUAAACAUUUGGCUGCAUUCUUAACCAUAUUCUGUAAACGGUAAAAUUUACACCUAGCAAGAGUACUAGUAAUGAGCACUGGGAAUGUGUGUCCCAACUGCCCUCUCUUUAGCAAGGGCUGCGGCUCAAAGCUCUCCUUUGCUUGACAUCAUCCAUAAAAAGUGGAUUGAAACCUAAUGGUAUCCAGACAGCAAAGGUGAAUUUAUUCCCACUGGGAUAAGAAAAAAAAUAACUUAAACUGUUAUAAAUCAGUAAGAUUUAUGGAUAUUACUAUUUGCCCACUAAUAACAUGAAGACGGCACAAAACUCCAGAAGAUUAAAGAUUUCAUAUAAAAAUGUGAAUUACUUGUGUAAGAUAUGUUUAACAUCAUAUGCUAAGUGAUUAUUGCAUAGAAUAUAUGUGAAUAUAGGUGUAUCUGUCACUGUCAACAAAUAUUGUCAUUCAAACAUUUGACCCCUGAUGAAGGAAUAUAGUUAAUUUUAAGAAAUUUAAAAACGAUGAAAAUAUAAUCAAUAGUGACAUCAAAAUAGUAAACUGCCCUGGCUGUCCUUUCUGUAUAUUCUGUAUAUAAAAAUGAGAACUUCUACAGAACUGUUUGUUUUGUGUUAUGCGUAUGUUUGUAAAUUGUUUCAACAGAACUGAAAGGUAUUUCAUAGCUGAUGUCAUUAACGUCAGAAUUAAGACAGGCUGUCAACUCCUGAACUAAUAAUUAAAGGCUGCGGUGUGAUCCUGGGCCAAUGAA